CCGCGAGUUUCCUGGUUGCCAUGGAGCUACGUGACAACAGGGAGGAAGAGUUAGAGGAGGGCCUUUUUGUCCGUCUUACAUGGAGGUUGAAGUGAUGGACUUACCAGACACUCUCCGAAGACGCUUGGAAGACUUUUCUCGUAAUGUCUUCGUGGAGCAGAGUCAGCCUCCGUCGAAGGCGCGAAGCACGUCUUCGCCGCACGACAGGCGGGUUCUGUCCAGCCUGCCCCUCCAGAUGUCUCUGUUCUUUAACAUGUGGUUCUUCCCCCUGUGGUGGAUCAGUGAGACUGUCAUGCUGCACCUCAAAUACUCUGCUUUGCCCGACUACUACAAGUUCAUCCUGGUGACGGUCCUCAUCCUGAUGACCAUGAUCGAGGCCAUUAGACUCUAUCUAGGGUAUGUGGGGAACCUGCAGGAGAAGGUGGCGGAGUUGGCGGGCUUUUGGCUGCUGAGCAUCCUGCUGCAGCUGCCCCAAAUCCUCUUUCUGCUCUUCAACCAAGGCAUCCUCGUCCAGCCGUUGGAAAGGGGCGUUCACGUCGUUCUCGCUCUUUUCGUCCUCACUCAGGCCGUGGUGGGCUUCGUGGCUCUACGGGACUUGGUCAGACACACGGAGAGUCAGUUCCAUCUCCGUCAGUUUGACUGAAGCAUCGACUUCCUGUCACCGCGGGGGCGUCGCUCUGCCAAGACUCAAGGCCAGGGGGGUCCAAAGUGCAGGCUGGGGGCCAUUUACGGCCCAUUCUAGAAAGUAUGCCCCUCAAGUCGGCCUGGUUUUUGUUGUUCUUGUACACAAUCGGAAAGCGGCCUCGCAUCCUUCCCUCGUGUAGAACGUGGUCCUCCCUGGAGGCCGCUGCCCCCCCCCCCCCCCGUUGUUGUAGGCACAAUGUGUCAAUCACUGCUUCAUGAAAACAGAAAAAUAUUUAUUUUGUAUUCAGCAUAUUCCAUAUGAGAUUGUAUGAUUGUUUUUGUACGUUUUGUACAAAUAAUUGAAUCAAUAUGUAUUGACACUGCAAGGUGAUCAUGUCCAUCAUGUCCAUCUCCAUUAAUUCGCCCAAACACAGCUGGGAUAGGCUCCAGCAUACCCCAUACAAGAUGGAGGUCCAUUAUCCCAGGAAAACAAAGUACAGUUGGGAUAUUCUUCCGGCUGCCGUGUACUCUGAAAGGAUACCUUCUUAGACAUUCCCUUGUCGGGCGAAGAAGUCGGCGAUCCUCCGCCUGAAAGCUCAUGAAUCAUGCCACUCUGUGGACGAGGGGGACUUUGUCACGGGGGGUAAAACACUUUUUGUUCCUUUGUCUUCUCGGGUCGUGUCGCACAGACUGAGGAAAAAUGAGAAAACAUCCAAACGCUUGUUCUGUUAUGAUGACAGCCGAGCUAACAGUGGCUAACAGAAUCAAACCCGAGCAUUCACACCACGUCCACCGCGCCAACAUGGCAACUCAAAGCCACCAUGGAGAUGUUUGGUGGAGACACAGGGACUGACAGGAAAUGAUGGUACCUGGUUCCUCGCAGGUCCGUGCACCUCAGCACGGGAACUAAGACGUUGGAGUGGGGGGCAGAUUUUCUCCGGGACAGUUCCAAGAUGACGUCUCCACGGUUCCGCUCUUGAAAUGGAUUAUGUUUCAGCAAUCCCACUAAGAAAAGAAAAGAAGUUUUACAUAAAAAGUGACUUUUUAAAAAUCUAAUUAUAACUUUUUAUCUCUUAAUUUGGACUUGUCUCAUAAUUAUGACUUUCCUGCCUCCCAAUGUAAGAUUAAUAAUAUCAUAGUUUUUAUCUCCAAAUUGUCUGGAACAGAGUCAUGACCAACCUUCUGCCACGCCUCCUUCCUUCCUCUUUUCCCGCCAUUUCUUGCUGGCUACGUCGGCAUGCCCGCUGGGGAAGUCUUCGUGCACGUAGUAGCGGUUGGGCCCCAGGUAGGAGUGCGCCCCUUUGCACCCGGGGCAGCCGGGCAAGUGUUCGAUGGUGAUGUUGGACAGCAGGCGCCUGGUGGGGAAUCGACAGCCAAGAUGAGGACUAAGUGAAUCCAAACGAGCUCAACCAACCCACCCCGAAGAACGUUAGCGUUACCUGUCGGCGUGGAAGGGUGACCGCCCUAAAAGCGUGACGACAGGGACAGUUGACUGAAUUGACUGAGUGGUGAUUAGCACCAAAUGACAGCAAGUCUAGAAGAUGCAGUACUCACUAGAUAAGCACGGCUGCUGCUGGCGCUGCUGAUGCUGAUGCUGAUGCUGGAUGGGAUGCAUGAAUUUGGGGGGGCGAGGAAGCACGGCGCUGAGGUGCAGCAGCUGGGAUGAGUACCUCCACUGGGCUGUGUUUCUUUGCUGGCC